GCCGCUUGGCUUUAUCGAUUACCAACGCGCACAAUCUAAACGCACAACACACCAUUUUCGGUUUCUCGUUUUGAUGUGAUUUUUCUUGCGUUCAUCACUCGCAUUUACGUUCAACGACGUCUGCAACUAGUUGCCAACAACGUUAUCACUUCAUUGCAACAACGCACAACCACCCCUACGCUGUACAAGACCAAAAUUACACAUUUCGAUUACCAAACAUCUAAAAACAUUCCUAGAAUAAGACAAACAGUAAUAGUAGUAAUAAUAAAGUGAAAUUGUAAGAAAUAAAUAAAAAGUGCGUCCGAUUGAAACACGACAGAGGGACUAAUGAAGGGGUUGCGGACGAGUGCACCCUCAAGGGACGGUCAUUAGCAGGAGCCACAUACGCACACAACGCACAAACGCACAAGCGUCGUCGAUAAGCAUCCGAAGACCUGAAGUGCACCAGUACGAGAAGCAACAGGGAGUCACUCACCACCACAUCACCACCCUAUGCAUCACCCAUUCAUAUCUGUACGACAGAGGGUGCGAACAAGUGAGAGAGCAAAUGCAUAUGUGCACUUUUGUACCUAGUGUCGGCGACAAGUGCAGCUUAGAUUUUAAGGGGUGAAUUUUUAGGGGUGCCUAGGGGACGCGAACAAGGGAUGAUAUUCUAUUAAUAGGAAUUACAUAGUAUUUAAAAUGCGUAUUUUGACAAUAAUUGCUCUUCAUUUGACCUUCGUGUGGGAUGUGGAAUGCCGCGGUCCACAUCAUCCACGUGGCGAUUCAAUUGCUAAACAUCAUGUGCAUUAUAAGCCCACCAAAGAUGUGGAGCAGAAUAUCAUUCAAGACUCGGAAUUGCUACAUGAUAGAGAACAUUUAGAGGAACAUUUGGAGGAGAUUAUAGACAAACCCAACUUGGACAACUUGACUGACGAGGAAUUGGAUUUUUACUACUUUCAAGUGCAUGAUGUUGAUAGAAAUAAUAAAUUGGACGGUCUAGAGAUUCUGCAAGCUAUACACCAUACACAUCAUGAGCAUGAAGGUGAAGAAUCUGAUAGUGUGAAUGAUUCAGAUUAUGAUUUGAAGGCUUUGGCUGAGGAGGUUCAGACAAAUUUGGAAUAUUAUACAGACUUAAUUGAUAAAGUUUUCGCUGAAGAUGAUCUUGACAAUGACGGCUUCUUAAGUUAUCCUGAAUACAAAGCCGGAAGAGAAAAAGAAACGAAAAUUCCUGGCCGAAAAGCUCCUCAUCUUCAAACUGAUCAAGUUGAAUCAUUACCAUCAGUACAAAUAUCGUAAUAGUAGUAUUAACCUUCUUUUUAUACAAACAAAAACAGAAUUUUAUUAUACCUUAUAUAUAAUCUAUUACAUAAUUAUACUAUUUAUACAGUUAUAAAAUAAAUUGUGUACAAAAUUUA